AUGUAUACAACGUGCAGACAGGCAUUUCUUAAGAUCGUAAAUCCACCCCAAUCACCUCAGAAUGUUCAUGAAGGUGAUGGUGAAAAUGAAGAACUCCUAGCAAUCAUGGAAGAUCGCACCGUGUUCGUUGACUUCUUGAAAGAAAUGCUACACCUGGACGAGCAGACGAGGAUGACACCUGUACAGGCCUUACAACAUCCAUUCAUGACCAUGUCGCAUCUGUUAUGCUCCGAUGGGAGAAGAUAUGUUAAUGAGGGCCGCUGUGGGAGUGGUUAUGUUAAUAAUGAUAGCUCUGGGAGGUGCUACGUUAACGAGGGCGGUUCUAUUAAUAACAACGUUACUGUGAUAUCGACCAAUAGUAGUGCUGGGUUUGCCUAUGUCAAUGGAGGUGUUCUAGAGAAUCCGGUUGAUCUUUCUAACACGAAUUUGUAA